AUGGAGGAGGGAGGCCGGAGCCCCCGGGAGGAGGCGGCCGAGCCGCAGGAGUCCGGCGGCGACGCGGAGCCCGGUGGCAGCGGGCGGCGAGGGCUGCUGCUUCCCCCCGGCGACCCUCCGCACCCGCACCCGCACCGCAUCACCAACUUCUUCAUCGACAACAUCCUGCGGCCCGAGUUCGGGCGGAGGAAGGAAGCGGGAGGCCCCGGCGGAGAGCCCCGCCGGCCCGGCGCGGAAAGCCGCCGCAGCCCCGCAGCGGCGCCGGCCCCCGGGGCUCCGCUCCCCGGCGGCGGGGCGGGCUCGCCGGGCCGGGGGGAGGGCGGCCCCGCCGGGCUGGCCCUGCACGGCGCCGCCAAGAAGGGGGGGGACCCCGCGGCGCUGGAGGCGGCCCUGAAAGCGCGGGGGCUGAGCGGCGGCGACCUGUCGGUGAGCUCGGACUCGGACAGCUCCCAGGCCAGCUCCAACGCCGGGAACCAGCCCAUGCUCUGGCCCGCCUGGGUGUACUGCACGCGGUACUCGGACCGGCCCUCCUCAGGUCCCCGGUCCCGCAAACCAAAGAAGAAGAACCCCAACAAGGAGGACAAGCGGCCGCGCACCGCCUUCACCGCCGAGCAGCUGCAGAGACUCAAGGCCGAGUUCCAGACGAACCGGUACCUGACAGAGCAACGGCGGCAAAGCCUGGCCCAAGAGCUCGGGCUUAACGAGUCCCAGAUUAAAAUCUGGUUCCAGAAUAAACGAGCCAAGAUCAAGAAGGCGACGGGCAGCAAGAACUCCCUGGCAGUGCACCUCAUGGCCCAGGGGCUCUACAACCACUCCACCACGGCGAAAGACGGCAAGUCGGACAGUGAAUAG